UUUUCGGCCAUAGUUGUGUUUUGCUGUUAAGGUAACCCAUCCUCUUAUAUCUUUGCCAUCCGAGAGUGUUAUUUAAAUUUUCCACUUACCAGACAGGAACCAAACAUGGCUCGUAACACUGAAAUGGCGGUAGGACUCCACAAGGGUCAUAAAACCACAAAGACAGUCCAGAAACCUAAACCAUCCAGAAGAAAAGGGGUAGGUAACAAAAGGGUGAAAUUCAUCCGUGAUCUUGUGAGGGAAGUUGUUGGAUUUGCUCCUUAUGAGAAACGGUGUAUGGAGUUGCUCAGAAUUGGCAAGGACAAAAGGGCUUUGAAAUUUGUCAAAAAGAGGCUUGGAACUCACACUCGUGGAAAGAAGAAGCGUGAAGAAAUGCAGGUUGUCAUUGCUGCAAUGAGAAAACAAGCUCAACACUAAUACCAUUGUUAAUAAAAAUCCCUUUUCUCUGAA